GGCUCCGUUUUGCUUUUCAUAUAAAAGACAUAGUCCGCGUCGAUAAUGGUAUCAGUCACCUGCUCUGAUUAAGUGCAAAAUGUUCACCAAAGUGGUCGCCCUUAGCGCCGUGUUGGCCGCCGCCAACGCUGGUCUGCUGCCGCUGCACCACGGGGCUACCUCCUCCCAGAGCAUCAUCCGCCACGACGCGCCCGUGCACUAUGCCCCGGCUCACUAUGCCCCCAUCGCGCACCAUGCCCCCUUAGUCCAUGCCGCUCCCCUCAUCCAUCACGCCCCCGUAGUCCAUGCCGCCCCCAUUGUCCACGCUGCCCCCAUCCACGUUGAGCACUCCCACCCCAAAUACGACUACGCGUACUCCGUGGCGGACCCUCACACCGGCGACCACAAGACACAGCACGAGUCCCGCGAUGGAGGCGCCGUGCACGGCAGCUACUCCCUGGUCGAGCCCGACGGCUCCGUGCGCAAGGUCGAGUACACCGCUGAUGACCACCAUGGUUUCAACGCCGUCGUCCACAAGACCCCCGGCCACCACCCCGCCCCCGUGGUGCAUGCCGCCCCCCUGGUCCACGCCGCCCCCCUCGCGCACAUCGCCUAUGCCCCCCUCGCGCAUGGCCAUCAUGGACUCCACUACCACCUCAAAUCAAGACAUCAACACUUCAACACAAUGUGUCUCAAAGUCGUGUUGUUUAGUGUGAUAAUGGCCGUCUGCCAUGCAGGUUACAUCGGAUUGGAUGCGACCUCGUCACACACUGUAGUUCGCCACGACGGACUCGAGCAACACGGACACAUUGCACAUGCCGGACAUGUCUCACAUGCUGGUCAUAACGGAGACGUCGGUGCUCCCAUCUAUGAGCCGAGCUACGAAAAUGAAGCGCACUACGAAUACCAAGACCCAGGAUACAACUCUGAAGAUUAUUACCACGGACAGAACGAGGCUUAUGAAGAUUACUCCGCUGGCGUUCAACUUCAUGGCGCAUACCAGCCUCUUGCUACAUACGCGUCCGGGUACAAUAACUACGCUCCUCCGAAGUACCACUUCACGUACUCGGUGUCGGACCCGCACACCGGCGACCACAAGUCGCAGUUCGAGGCGCGCGACGGCGACGUCGUGAAGGGCAUGUACUCGCUGGUCGAGCCGGACGGCAACGUGCGCACCGUCCAUUACACCGCCGACGACGUCAAUGGAUUCAAUGCGGUGGUGGAGCGAACCGGCCCGACCGUUCACACUACGACUUAUCACUGAUCUCUU